AUGGAGAUUGGCAGAGGACGUUUCGGCGUAGUAUACAAGGCUGAACUGGCAAAUCAGAUUAAUCUAGCAGUGAAGAAGAUUUCUCCUCAAUCGAAACAGCAAGACAAAGAUGAACUAAAAAGUGAAAUCGGCAACCUGAUAUCAUUGAGUCAUGAGAAUCUUGAACAAACUCGGCAACAGAACUUGAUUGGAGAUCUAGAUUUGAUAUCUGCCUCGGAAUUGCUAAAGGCUGGCCGUUUACAUACAGAAGGAAUGAUUCUGCGUUUGGUUGAUAAAAAGUUAGCAUCCAGAUAUGAUAACAAACAGGCACUCACUGUUUUGAACUUGGCCAUGAGGUGCAUCAACCUGUCCCCUACUCUCAGGCCUAGCAUGUCUGAAGUUGUCACCAUCCUUACAGAGUCCUAA